UUCAACAGCACCGUUGACAUCCUGGAGGAACAGGGGUGCCAUUGCUCAAGCUCCUGUGAAGAGGAGCAUGCUGCUGCUCCCCUGGAGUGCCUUCAUCCUGGGCAAGAAGAGACGGAAGCAUCCCAGCAGAUGGGUCGGACCGAGAGGGAGGAGUCCUCUGCUGUGGAGGGAGUUGCAGAUUUACCUUCAAGCCCAGAACCCCCAAAGAGACAAGCAAGGCGUAGAAGGGUGGUGUCACGAUACUAGUGGAAUACUGCUGGAAUCCAAUGGCAGGGACAAGGCCUAAAUACAGGAAGCACUGGAGUCUUGAACAGGAGGUAGCAGGAAUGCAGAUGAAGGCAAGGAUCCAGACGAGAAGUCAGGAGGAAAACCGGCGAGCGGUCAGCAGGUGUCCAGGAGUUGCAGGGUAAACCGCAAGGAGCAGGACCAAACCAGAGAGAAAGUUCCAGGCGAGAGGACUGCACAAGCAGGAGAUCUCUCAUCAGUAUCAGCUGGACAUGUGACAGCAACAGUUGGGGACAUGGUGACACUACCCUGCACAUACUCCAUUAGUUAUGGUACCACCACUAUGUGCUGGGGCCGAGGUCAAUGUCCUUCUUCCAAGUGUAACAAUCAGAUCAUCUGGACUGAUGGCAAGACAGUGACCUGGAGGAAAUCUGACAAAUACCAGCUAAUGGGAGACAUAGAAAAGGGGAAUGUGACCCUCACCAUUACUGGAGUGACGUCUGAGGACGCUGGAUCAUACUGCUGCCGUGUGGAGAUCCCAGGAAUCUUCAAUGACCAGAAGUCAGAGAUCAAUGUGAAGAUAAAAGAAGAAAGUUGCAGUCUCCACCUAUACACUUCAUCUCCGGUCAAUGUUUCAUGGACCACAACUAGUGAAGGAGGUUACUAUUUAGUGCAGUACACGGUAAUCGCCCUCCUCAUUGUCCUCUUCCUCCUCUUUGGGAUCCUGCUGUAUAGAAAUCAAUAUCAUGAAAAGAAGGUGAAUGAUUCGUCCAACACAGUGUCUGCCAUCAGCCUGGGGACCUUGGAGGCUGCACAAGCCGUGGAGAACGUGUAUGUGAAGAUGCAGUAACCCCUAUAUCUGGGAAAUCAGACAUGUGUCAACAUGUUGCAACUGUUGUAUACCCAUAUCAAAUCCUACUGUAUAACCACUAUACACUGCAACCCCAUGUUACCAGUAUACCUCCAUAUAACUACACAAAUCACCAUAUAAUCAGUAUACAGCACCUUUGUAUAACCACCAUACCUCCAUAUAUAUAACCAUAUAAUCAGUAUACAGCACCUCCAUAUAACCAGUACAUCUCCAUAUCACCACAUACAUCUCCAUAUCAUACAUUACCACAAAAUCAGUAUACAGCACCUGCAUAUAACUAGCACAUCUCCACAUAUUCAGUAUACAGCACCUCCAUAUAACCAGCACAUCUGCGUAUCACCACACACAUCUCCAUAUCAUACAUCACCACAUAAUCAGUAUACAGUACCUCCAUAUAACCAGAAUAUCUCCAUAUCACCACAUACAUCUCCACAAAAUCAGUAUACAGCUCCUCCAUAUAACCAGCACAUAUCCAUAUCAUAUAUCCAGGGUUGUGGAGUCAGAGUCAGUGUCCAUUUUAGUGGAGUCGGAGUCGUUAUAAAAUAGACCUACUCAGACUCCAAAAAAAUAUAAUAAAUUGGUACAGUUAGUUUAACGCAUUAUGUGCUGAAUACAUUUUCAUAAGAAUUUGGGAAAAGGAUGAAAUGUCCUAUAAAUGUCUGUUCCUGUUCUAAGGAUCUAGGCUUUUAGGUGAGAUGUAUGUGUGCUGCCCUUUAUGUAGAUGCUCAGUAGUUAAGCUCCUCCGCUACAGAUCAGAGAAAAAAGGCAUUGGGAAGGAAUGGCUGCACUCAUCUCAGAUCUGCUAGAGAAAACUGCCAAGAGCAAGAGGAAUUGGGUCUUGACAGUGCUACUGCUACCAUAUCUUCAGCCUUAUCAGAUGAGGAGUUGGAUGACAUGGAGCAAGCAAAGCGUUGCCGCAGGGAAAAAGAUUCCGCUCCCGUAGCAAACAGAUUGACCUAUUUCAGCAAAAUUUUUCACUUGCUCUCAAAGAAGUAGAAGAGUUCAAUCGAUCAUCAAAACUGACUGUGCAGGAGGCAAUUCCUUUAUACCCUGAGAUUGUUAGAGAUGUUGCCCAUGUGGCCACCGCUUUGCCACCUACCCAAGUUAGUGUAGAGAGGCUGUUCUCUAGCCUUAAAAUAAUUUGAACAGAUUUCAGGUCAUCUAUGAAGGAGGAUCUGAUAUAGGCAAUACUAUUUCUCGGAACAAAUUCAUAGACUUACCCCACAAUUGUUAUUUAGUACGUUUUUGAUGAAAACUUUUUUUUCCCACUUACUGCAGCGUUUUGCAUAUUUGCAAUUUAUGAAAGUUUUUUGUGUUCUAAAGUUGUAGCCAAUUAAUAUGUUUUAUGUUCUACCUAAAUAGCUUGAUUAUUGUAUCAUAAGGGUGAUAAAAAGCUUAAAUUAAGUUAUCACUUAAACAUGCGCCAUGUAUGAGGGAGUGGGAGUCAGAGUCGGGAGUAAGAGUUGAGGAGUCGGGGCUUUGGCUUACCGAUUCCACAGCCCUGCAUACAUCACCACAUAAUCAGUAUACAGUACCUCCAUAAAACCAGAAUAUCUCCAUAUCACCACAUAAUCAGUAUACAGUACUCCAUAUAACCACACAAAUCACCACACAACCAGUAUAUAACUAAUAUACCUUUAUAUAAUCAUUAUUAUACAUCAUUAUAGUGUUAUGCACCACUAAACAAUCAACAGGCUUUCAGCAAUUCCCCUAUACUAGUUAUUGCUCAAUAGCUACAAUAGCCUUUUAGUGGUGUCCAUACAUAACGUGCAGCCAUAUAGUGAUCACUAAAACAGUGAGUGCUGCUAACCAUGAUGUAGUGACCAUAGUGAUAACCAGAGUGAGCACUGACAACCAUAAAGUAGUACCCAAAUGGUACAGCCAGCAACAUAAUAAUGCUCAUAGCGCCAUUCACGUGGUAUUUCUGAUAUUUUCCAGAUAAUAAUGCCAUAUCUAUAGUAAUGACAUCCACAUACUUCCUGGUAUUUUCUCUAGUUACCAGAAAUAAUGUUUAUUUGAAAGGACAAACGUUUUUUCG